GGGAGGGAGCUAUUUGCGUUCCUUGGAAUUCAGAAAGGGGUGGGGUCAUGAGUCACCCGUUCAUCUACUUCACCCAGGAGGCACUGUCAGCUGUGAACUUUAUCACUCAAGCACCACUUCGAGCAACUGGAUCAUAUGCAGCAGAUACCACGAUGGGGGCUAAUUCAAGUUCACCUGAGGGCUUAGCAAAUAAUCGAAAUUUGGCAAGACCGCAGAGAGAAGAAACUCCUUUCAGACUCCUCACAAUAAGAAUACUGAGAGCCAGGAAUAUCCAGAAGGCAGAUAUCUUUACAGAAUCUGAUUGCUACGUGUGUCUAUCUUUGCCAACUGCUACAAGCGAAAAGGUCCGGACCAUAACUGUUUCCAACAGUAAAAAUCCAGUGUGGAAUCAAUCAUUUUGCUACAGGAUUGACAGCCGUGUAAAGAAUGUUCUGGAGCUAAAAGUCUGUGAUGAAGAUACGUUCUCCAAAGAUGACCACCUUUUCACAGUUCUCUUUGAUGUCGGUAAACUGCAAACUGGGCGAACUAGUCGUGUGAACUUCAACUUGAAUCCAGCGACACAGGAAGAGUUGGAGGUAGAGUUCACAUUACAGCCCAUGGUCCAAAGACAACCCCGAGUUGCUGCUGCUGCUGCACGUAAUACUGCUUCUGCUCCUGUUCCUCGUGGUGGUGGUAAUGAAGGAGGCCUUUUAGCGACGGGAACACGCUGGAUCCGGUGGAUUCGCAGUAUCGAUAUCCCUAGGCCUCCUGGCUUCGCACGAGAAGUUUCAUGUUUGGAAGUUACAGUGGAUAUUGAGAAGCUGAAGGGACAAUACACAGAAGGUGAUCUGACAUUAACAAUAAAGGGUUCCUAUGAGGAAACACAGAAGAUUCCACUGGCUCCAGACACCAGACUUAGUAACAGAACUGUCAUUCAGUUCCACUGUAUCAAGAACCAUCAGUCAAAUUUGGAGAUCAUACUAACUAAGAAGAUGCAGUGGUCAAAGCUGGCUUCAUUUAAAGGAAACUCAGAAAGUAAUAUCUCUGUGGUUUUACCUUUGAACAAGCUUCCCAUAGAAAAGACAAUAACAUUAAGAAAGGACAGGACGUUUGAUCUGCAUGUGAAGGCAAAAGACUGGUCAAAGGAUUUAGAUGUGCGUCUGGCCUAUGACUUGUGUGCCGAAGAACAAAAUUUCCUUACCAAGAGAAGGAAAUAUGUUGCUACAGCUUUGAAGAAGAUUCUCCAAUUAAAGGAAAAGCUGCAGGAUGAUGAGUUGCCUGUGGUGGCAAUCAUGACAACAGGUGGCGGGACCAGGUCAUUUGCAGCAAUGUAUGGAAGCCUUCUGGGUCUGCAGAAACUGAAUCUCUUAGACUGCAUUACAUAUCUCACAGGCUUGUCUGGCACAACAUGGACUAUGGGAAAUUUGUAUGAAGAUGCUGAUUGGUCCCAGAAAUACCUGGAGGAAGCCAUUCUCAAAGCCCGGAAGCAAGUGACUAAGUCCAAGCUUAACUCCUUUUCCAUGGAUAAACUGAAAUAUUAUUAUAAAGAACUGAAACAAAGAAGUGAAGAAGGAUACAACACUUCAUUCAUAGACCUCUGGGGGCUUGUCAUUGAAUCCAUGUUACAUGAUGAGAAAGACAAUAGUACAAUCUCAGGUCAGCGAAUGGCUGUGAAUGAGGGUCAGAAUCCCUUGCCCAUUUAUUUGACUGUCAACCUUAAAGACCAGUACAGUGCUCAAGAUUAUAAAGGUAAUGUUGCUAUUAUAAAUUAA